AUGCAUGCGGAGUCGCCAGACAGUUGCCAGAAAUGCGAACCUGGCCUUCUAUGCCCCGAGGGCAGCGACAGGCAGAUCACUGCGUGCCCACUCGGGUUCUACUGCGAAGGCGGGAACGCCCCCAUGACCCCCUGCCCCGAGGGGACUUACGGAAAGAGUACGGGGACCUCGACAAAGGAAGACGCGUGCGCUGCCUGCCCCAAUGGCUCCUACUGCCCCGGGGCAGACCAGCCUUACGAGCCCUGCCCAGCAGGUAAAUUCUGCACAUCGGACUCCCCCAAGCCCGCGGCGUGCCCUGCGGGGACCUACUGCCCCGGGGCCACGAGCAUCCCGCUCGAGUGCCCCCUCGGAUUCUACUGCCCCCGCGGGACAGAAAUGCCCGUGGAGUGCCCCGGAGGGUCUCUCUGUCCCCAGGGCGCCGCCCAGCCCCGGGCCUGUCCAGCGGGCACGCGGUCGCGCGGAGCCCAAGCCUGCGCUGCGAUCCCCACAGUCGAGGGAUGCUGCGAAGCUUGCCCCGCGGGCACGUUCGCGGCCGUGGAGGGGUCUACAGCCUGCACGGCCUGCGCGGCUGGCUACCUCUGCACCGCGGGCUCGACGAGCGCGACGCCGAGCGACCCGCGCGAGGGUCGCGCCUGCCCGCGCGGGCACUACUGCCCCGCGGGGUCUUUGGCCCCAGUCCCCUGCCCGCGGGGCCGGUACAACGCGGAGGAGGGCGCGGCGGACGAGGCGCGCGACUGCCUGCCCUGCCCCGAGGGGACGUUUUCAGAUCAGCUCGGCGCGACGUCCUGCUCCACGUGCGGCGGCACUUCGACGUCGCUCGCGGGCGAGGAGACCUGCACGUGCGUCGGCGCGGGGCGGACCUUUCUCAAGCGCGAGGGCACUUGCGUCUGCCGCAGCGUCCAUGAAUUCUACAGCGCCACACACCUCGCGGCCGCCGACGGAGACCUCGACUCCGCGCUCGACUGUCAGCCGAUCGCCCAGCCCCGCUGCGCGAACGCGGCGACGAUGAAGAAUCCGAGGUUCUCUGAGGACUACGGCAGCCAGCUCCUGCGGUCUGAGCGGGGCGCCUGCGUGCUCCAUGACCGCGUCUGCAAAGAGCACUGCGGAAAAGAUGCCGAUGGGCGCUUCCUCGCCAGCGCGGGCAUGUGCGAAUGCUUCUCGCCUCAGGACGCAGGUCAGCAAGCCUGCGGGCCCCAGUGCAGGAGCGAAACCGCCGAGCUCUUCAUUCAAGGCGACGAGCUCGUCUACCGAGCGGCUGGCAAGGAUGGCGAGCAGAGACACUCCACGCAGUCUCUGCUUGACAGCAAGGCGGUUAAAGGGUUUUUCGCCUGCCCACACGAAGCCGAGACGCCCCACCGCCUGCCGACCCCAGGCUGCCGCGCGUCCUUCUACCUCCUCAACGCCUCAGGGAUAUUUGGAACUGUCGGUGUUCCCGCAGGUUUUCAGGAUCUCCUCGCCGCCAGCCAAGGAGCCUCCCGCGCAAGCUCCGAAGGCCGCGCUAUUGCCUCGAGUCGAGCCCCGGAGGCGCGCGCGCCGCUUGCAGCCUCGGCGGCGGCUGCCGUGGAGGAGCUUUUUGGUCGCGACCAGCGAAACCGCAUGGCGUUGCUGCGCCGGCCGACGCAGUGUCUCCACAGCGGCGACACGAUUGUCUGGAUGCUGGCGGGCGCCUUUCCCGUUUACCAGCGUAACUCGCUGCUCAACACGGUGCCUGACUUCGACACAAGCCCGUUCAAAAACGUGGAGGACGAACUAGCCUUCGAAGCAGAAAAAGCGGACGCGGGCGGAAUCACGUAUUUUGCGUUUCCCUUCACCGCCCCGGGGCAGUAUCCGCGGCCGACGGCGUCGAUCUCCUUGGGAGCGCUGAGUCUGCAUCUGCGCGACGACGUUCUGGUGGAGCCCGAGCUGGCGAGCGUGGUGCUUCUCUUUUGGGGCCUCGUGGCGGUGCUAGUCGUCUUCGUGCUGCUGGUGUCGCUGCUUCGCAAGCGGUUGUUUUUGCGGCAGCAGCGCGCCGGCCUCGGGCCGGAGGCCAGCCCGCAUGCAUUCGGCGUGGACGCGGCCGCCCAGCAGGCGCAGGACGCGAUUGAGGCGCUGCUCAGUCACGUGAUUGACUCAGGGCGCGAGGUAGAUCCCCGCGCGCGCGUCACGCGGCUCACCGCGGACGAACUCGAGCCGCAUCUGGCGGCAGUCGAGGCCCUGGAGCCUAAAGGUGACGCCCGCGCGGCCGCAGCCGAUGACGCGCUCGACCCCAGCCGCUUCGAAGGCAUGUACGACCAACUGGCGCGCGCGCACUCCACCCUUGCCAAGGCCUUCUGCGACAGGCGAGAGGCGACCGCCGCGCUUGGCCGCCACAGCCUCGACGCCCUCGACGGGCUCGAGGCAUUCGUCAGGCCUCUCAUCCGCAGAGUCGACUGGCGCAUCGAGGAGCGCAGCGCGCUACAGAAAAGCAUUGCGGCGGUGACGCGCGCCUGCGAGAAGCUGGUGGGCGAGUUGCGAACGCCGGAGGCCUUUCUGGUGGCUGACCCGUCGCUGGCGGGGGCCUCGGAGUCCGGGUUCGAGCGCUUCAGCCUCGCCGCGACCGGCGUCGCGAGCCUCGCGGCGCUGGAGAAGCUCGCGCCCGCUGAGGCCUUCCUCUUCGUGCUCGCUGAGGAGGUGGUAGGCGUCCUGUGCAUGACCCGCGGCGAGUCGCCGUCGCUCUGCGUGGUGGCGGAGUACGUCGAGCGCCUGCUCCAAGCCUCCCCCCCCGACGCGCGAGACGACGCCGCGCCCGCUGCAGUCUUGGCGGGACGGAGUGCGGAUCUUGCAGGCGGCGCUGCUCGGCUCACCGAGCUGCUCGAAGCCGUCCUGCAGCAGCGCGAAAGAGCCGAGGACCUCGCGAGCCAGUUGGGUCAAAAGACCCGCGCGGACGCCCUGACCCGCGCGCGGGCUUCCGAGGCCAUCGACCGCGAGCUCGUGCGCGUCCUCCUCGCCGCCGUAGAGAUGCUGGCGACCGGCGAGAGAGCGGAGGAGCCGCGCGAAAAGCCGCCAUCCGCGACGCCUCGCAGCAGCCGAGGAGAAGAUGCCGCCCACGACCCGCUGCAGGCGCUUCAGAAUCGAAUCCAGGCCACCUGCGACCGGCACGCGGAGGAGCUCAGUCGCGCGCUCGAGGCGCAGCAGAAAGCCUACCUGGCUGUCCUGGAGAAACUCGAAACCAGUCGAGCGCAGCACGUGUCCCAGAGGCACGAGAUGGAGAGAGUCCUUCUCACGCAGUUCCUCGAGUUCUUCAGGGCCUCGAAGGCGGAACGAAUCUCGCGUUUCUACGAGCGGCUAGAGGCCUCGACAGUUGCGAAGCUGCGUGAAGCGCUGAAGGAGGAGCUAUACAGACUCGAACGCAUGCGGCGGCGAGAAGCCUGGACGGCCGCAGAGCACGACGAGCGGAGGAAACAGACGCUUCACAAGCUGGAGGCGCAAAUCAAAGCCGCCACGGAGACUCUAAAAACGGGCAAAGACGCGCUUCUGCUCGACACAAUGUCGCGGCUCGACGCGUACCUAGACACCAGGAGAACGUCCUUGGAGAGUCUCCACGCGACGGAGUUGGCCGCUGCGGAGGAGAGUGCAGAGAAGGCUCGCGAAGUCGUGCAGAAGAUCUUUGAGCAGCAGACAGAGACAUGCCAAGCCGAUCUCCAGGCGAGGCAAGCGCGGUUCCUCCUCGUCGCGCAAAAUGUCGCUCGCCUCUGCAGCAGGCUUCAGAGCGGCGAGAUCGUCCCUACAGCGCACCUGGCGGACUUCCUCGCGGACGCUGCUUCGGCGCUGAGCGACCUCAGCCGCGGGCAGGCGAACGCGCGCCGAGCGACGCUGGAGAUGCAACGGGAGGCGCGUGAGGAGAUUCUCCUCCGCCGGCAGGCCGCGCUGAGCGCGAAAAUCGACGCGCUGCGGGCGAGCACGCGACGCUACGCGGCGCAGGAAGCCGAGGCCUCCGCGGCGCUGUUUAUGCACGAAGAAGACGCGUUCCUGCCCUUCGGCGUGCGCGCAAUCCAGGAGACUGUCGACGCAGUCUUCGCAAGUCAGAUUCGCCAGCGCGGCAAGGCCUACGUCGCGGUAUUGCGGGCGUCUGAACCACGGACCGCGGCGGGCGACGCGGAGCCAGACGAAGACGCCGAGGCGCAGCAGCACCUCGCGCUGAAGGAAGAAGAGAAGGCCAAACAGAUUCAGGCGAUCGAGGCGCGCAGAGGGGAAACGCGGAGAAAGCGCGAAGAGGCACUCCGAGCCGUUGCGGAGCUCGAAGUGGAGAUCACAGAGAGAUACGCACGCAAACUCGUGGAGAAUUCAGAACGCUUUCUGGAGGACGAGGCAGUGGAGGACUCUGCGACGAUCGCCGCGGAGGCUCAGAGGUUGAGCAGACUGCAGACGCGCCUCCUGAGUUUCCUCAAGCGCACCCUCGUGGCCCAGAGAAAGGCAGGUUCCUCGCGGCCGCGACCGGCGCAUGGGGGCCUCGGGGACUGGGCACGGGAGGCGGAGACGCUUCUGCAGGCUGCGGACCAAGAUCGCCGAGACGCGCUGGGUGCGUUUGAGAAGAGACUCGCCUGCCGCAGCCGCGCAGCGCACCGAGCGUCGGCGCGGUCAGCCUGCCUCGGCAGUGCACUGGCGGCUGACCGUAGUCUGAACGAGCUCCUCUUCCAGAUUCGCGAGAAGCGCCAAGCCGUCCGCGCGUCGCUCUUCUUCCUCGAGGAGCUGGUCGCGGCGGCCUGCGACGCCAAGUUCACGACGAAGGAAGGCUGCCAAAUCGACGGGCAGUACGAUAAAGCUGCGCGAGAGCUAGAAGAAGCGUUUGAGAGGGCAGUGUCCCAGCUGGACGAGGAGUUCGAGCUCGACGCUCAGGCGAUUGAGAAGGAUCUCGCGGAGGCGCGCGCGCGCAUCAAGCGAACUGAGGAGAUGGAGAAGAGCCGCCUCGACGUGGAGUUGCGGCUGCGCGAGGCGACAGCGACCUCCGAGGAAGAGCGCGCGGCGCUUCGCAGCGAGUUUUCCGCGCGGCUGCAGAGUCUGCAGCGGGACUUUGAAGGCGAGCGCGACGCGCAGGAGCGGGUCUUCCGAGAAAAACUGAUGGCGCGGCGCGAGCUGCUGCAGAAGCGCAAGCAGCAGCUUGCGGAGAAGGCGCAAGCUGACGACGCGCGCACGCAGGCCGAAAUGCUGCGGAAAAAAACGCUUGCCGACAAACAACGAAGCGCAGCCCUCUUCGAGUACCUCCUCGGCGAAGCAAGGGCCCAAGUCUCGCCGCACGCCAUCAAGCAACUGCAUCGGAACAUGACUUCACAGCUGGCGGAGACGAUGCAGGCGAUGGUUUUGGAGCAGCUUGCCGAGAAGUCUGCGCGGCUCACUGCUGUCUCUUCGAAUCUGCAGGCCGCCUACCGCCAGGAGCGCGCCGCAGCGGAGCUCGACUUAGACAGCAAGGUCUCAGAGGCUGAGAAGAACCUGGCUGCGGCGCCCGCUGCCGCUCAGGAGUCGCUGCGCGAGGAAGUUGAGGCUCGCAAGAAGAUGAGGGACGAGAAGCUGCGAGAGCUGGACGCGAAGUUCAGCUUGAAGCUCGAGUCCGCCUUGCAGGUGGAGCGCCUCGCCAUCGAGCCGCUGCAGGCUGAGCGCGUCUUUGACCUCAAGCAAGAAAGCAUGAAGAAAAUUAUCAAAGUCCUCGCUGAGUUCGUCGCGCUGGGCGAUCCGACCGCGCUCGCGCUGACCAACGAAGCUCAGCAGACUUUGUCGCGGAUUGACGCGGAUCGCGCGAGGAUGAAAGAGGUCGCGGGCAUGCAGGUAUUGGACGUGGAUCGGAUGCUGCGCGAGAAAGAAGCCGAGCUGAAGAAGCAGAUGGAAGCGAACGUCGCCGCGCUGAAGGCAAAGCUCGAGGCGCAGCGGGAGAGGGAGGAGGCGCUGCAGCGAGCGGCGCGCGAAGAAGAGAUGAAACGGCGACAAGAAAGGAAAAAAGCGCGGCAACUCGAGCAGCUGCGGCGCAUGGCGAACCGCGGCCGGGCGGACGAUCCCGAGGCCACUGAAGACCUCUUUAAAAAAUACGAAGACGACGCAGACAAACUCGAAGCCGCUCUCACGAAGGAACGCGCGAGACAGCUCAUGCUCCUUCAGUCCCGCCUGCACCAAAAGAUGAUCAAAAAGGAAAAGCUAUUCAAACAGCAAGGCGAAGGCGAGAUCUCUGAGGAGUGGGAGCGUCUGAAGCGCACGCGCGAGCUGGCGGCGGUGCGAGCCGAGGACGCGCAGGCGGCGGAAGAAGCAAACGACGAAGAAGAAAUGUGGAAGUACUUUUUCUCGACGCGCGUCGCGGAAGAAGUUGCAAAGAAAGCGCGAACGAUUCAAGAACUCCUCCGCGCCGCCCUUCAGCAGCUGACUUCGGGCCAGCCUCAGGGGGACGGCGGUAACCCAGACGGAGGUGCUGAGGCUUUUGCGACCCCCGAGAGCAUCGAAAAACUCCUCGAUCACCUUUCUAGAUUGACAGAGGCGCUCGUGGUUCCCGAGGACGACGAAGAAGAGAACUGA